AUCUACUAGUACUACAUAGUACUAGUCAGUCUCACUCAAUUCUAGGCCCGAUAAGCAAGCCCAGAAAUACUACUAAUAACCCCCCUAUAAUAGUAUAAAGCGACAGUCCAUAUAAUCAAACACACAACAGUAACUAUCCUGAUACCCCCUACCAAUUCAUAAUCCAUCCAAUCUCAAUUCUAACCCAUCAAAUCCAAAACCAAACACCAAAAAUCAAAAUGAAUCUCAAACACCUCCUCCUCUUCAGCACCACCCUUGCUCCAAUCUCCCUAACCCUCGCCAAUCCCAACCCCAACCCGGUCGGACCCCGAAGCCCCCAAUCCACAGGCAUACUAUCUGAUCUCCCAUCCCUCAUCGACAACCUGAAGGAACUCCUCAGUCAAGACACAGUCGAUAAUCUGGAAACGAUCGUCAAGGGGGCAGCAGUGCUACUGGGCGGUGAUACGCCUCAGAAUCUGCAAAAGUUGUUGUCGAGUAGCAAUAUCGACAAGUUGCAGAAUAUCAUCGAUAAUGCAGAUUUGCUGUUGACGACGUCGUUUGUUAAUGAGACGAGUGAGUUGAUUGGGGAUGCGUUGCCGUUGGUAACUGAUGUAUCGGCGUUAUUGACGGCUAUUAUGAAGACUGCAUGAUAUGCAAGCAGUAGUACAUAGGAUAUAGUACAG